AUGAAGCUUUCUCUUUUGUCUUUGGCUGCCGCUGGUCUUGCCAGCUUGGCUAGCUUUGCUGAAGCUACCGUAUCUCCCGUCCACGUCGACGGCCGUUACUUCUGGUACCAAAACGGUACCCGUUUCUUCAUUAAGGGUAUUGCUUACCAACCCGACCACAGUGGAGAUGUCAAAUACGUUGACCCCCUCACUGAUAAGAGUACUUGUGAGCGUGAUGUCAAGUACUUGAAGGAGCUCUCUGUCAACACCAUCCGUGUUUACAGUGUCAACUCUUCUGCCAAUCAUGAUGAUUGCAUGAAAACUUUCGAUGACAACGGAAUUUACGUUCUUUCCGAUUUGUCUAGUCCCGACGUUUCUAUCAACGGUGCCGAUCCUUCUUGGACCGUUGACUUGUUCAAGCACUACACUGACGUAGUCGACUCUUUGGCUCCUUACAACAAUGUCCUUGGUUUCGUUGGUGGUAACGAAGUUGUUCAAAAUGCAAGCAACACCAAUGCCGCUGCUUUCGUCAAGGCCGCUGUCCGUGAUGUUAAGCAAUACAUCGUCAACGCUGGUCACCGUCAAAUUCCCGUCGGUUACUCUACCAAUGAUGAAGAAAAAACUCGUGUCGCUAUGUCUGAGUACUUUGACUGCGGUGAGAAGGAAGAUAUUGUUGAUUUCUACGGUAUCAACAUCUACGAGUGGUGUGGUGAUAGCAGCAUGCAAAAAUCUGGUUACGAUGUAAGAACUGAAGAAUUCAAAAACUACACAGUUCCCGUCUUCUUCAGUGAAUUUGGUUGCAUCGAUGUUCGUCCUCGUAAAUUUACCGAAGUCAAGGCUUUGUUCAGCGAUGACAUGACUGAUGUUUGGUCUGGUGGUAUCGCUUACGAAUACUUUGAAGCCGACAACCACUAUGGUGUCGUUACUACUAGUGGUGACUCCGUCAGUACUCUUACUGACUUCCCUCACCUUUCUUCUAUGUAUGCCUCUGUCCAACCUUCUUCAACUCAAUCUUCUUCCAUGUCUCUCACUUCCUCUGGUUUAUCUUGUUCUGCUACCCAAAGUGUUUGGAAGGCUGCUACUAACCUGCCCCCCACUCCCUCUGAGGAUGUUUGUGAAUGCAUGGACAGUACUAGACAGUGUAUUGUAGCUGAUGGCGUUGACUCUUCUGAUUAUGGAGAUCUUUUCGGUUACGUCUGCAAUCUUAUUGAUUGCGAUGCUAUCAACGCUAACGGUACUUCUCCCGGUAAGUACGGUUCUUUCAGCUACUGCGAUUCUAAGCAAAAGUUGAACUAUGUUUUGGAUGCUUACUAUCAACAAAAGGGUGGUUGUGACUUCAAGGGCUCUGCCUCUUCUACUUCUGCCACUUCUGCUACUGGUUCUUGCAAGUCCUACCUUUCUGCUGCUGGUUCUUCUGGUACUAAUGCUAUCUCGGUUACUCCCAACGCUAAUGCUGUUUCCAAGGGUAAUGGUACCGAUAACAUGUCUAGUACCUCCGGUGGUAGCGGUGGCUCUGGUAAUGACACUAAAUCUGGUAACGAAAAGAGUGCCGCCAGCUCUUCUUUUAACUCCAAGGCCUUUAUUGCCUUGGUCUCUAUGGUUACCGGUGGCGUUGCUGUCUUGUUAAUUUAA